AUGAACGCAAAAGCAAUAUCUUUUCUGGUUGGUCUAGCUCUUGUACUUGCUGUUCAAGCUCAAGAUCAAUCAGGUUUUAUAAGCUUGGAUUGUGGAUUACCGGAAAAUUCAACAUACAAGGAGCCAACAACGAAGAUUGACUACAUUUCAGAUGCAGCAUAUAUAAACAGUGGUGAAAGCAAAAGCAUAAAGGUAAACUAUAAAAGCUUCAAACAAAGACAACUACGGUCCCUUAGAAGCUUUCGUCAAGAAACCAGAAACUGUUACAACAUAAGCAAUAUUAUCAGUCAAAAGAAAUACUUAAUUCGAGCAAGCUUCGUGUAUGGAAAUUAUGAUGGGUUAAAUAAAUUACCAAUAUUUGAUCUCUAUUUUGGAGAUAGCUUGUGGGAUAAAGUGGAGAUUACGUACUUAGCAGGUGAGGUCUACAAAGAAAUCAUACAUAAUCCAUCAGUAAAUAGAGUUCAAAUCUGUCUAAUAAAUACGGGAACUGGAAUACCUUUCAUCUCUGCAUUGGAAUUUAGACCUUUACCAAAUGAUAUUUACCCAAUUCAAUUUGGAUCCUUGUCAACUCUUUAUCGACAGAAUCUGGGGUCGAAUUCAAUUGAAAAAUACAGGUACCCUUAUGAUGUUUUCGAUCGAAUUUGGUAUGCUGUCAAUAAUGAUGAAUAUUUCAUUCGAUUAAACACCUCUCUUACCAUAAAUGCUGACGGCCGCAACGAGUACCAUCCAGCAGCCAUAGUCAUGGAAACCGCUAUCACACCAAAAAACUCGAGUCAAUCUAUUAAUUUUAAGUUGGAGUCACAUGAUGAAAAUACCCAGUAUUAUAUAUACCUUCACUUCGCAGAGUUGGUAAAGCUUCAACGUAAACAAUUCCGAGGGUUCAACAUCAGUCAUAACGGGCAAUAUUGGGAUGGACCUAUUAUUCCCGACUACUUGUAUCCAAGCAGCUAUUAUAAAACCAAACCAUUGGAAUUCCCACAAAAACAACACAACUUUUCAUUUUUUCGAACUGAAAAUUCAACACUUCCUCCAAUCAUCAAUGCUUUAGAAAUAUAUUUCAGAAUUGAGAUCUCAGAACUAGAAUCAGAUCAGGAAGAUGUGGAUACAAUGAGAAAAUUAAAGUCAACUUACGGAGUCAUCAAAGAUUGGCAAGGAGAUCCAUGCAUCCCCAAAGCAUAUCCUUGGAAUGGUGUAGGUUGUACCAAUGAGUCAAUUCCAAGAAUCAUAUCAUUGAACUUGUCGUCAAGUGGUCUGACAGGAGACAUAUCUCCGGUUGUAUCCAAUCUAGCAGCCCUAGAGACCCUGGACUUGUCAAACAAUGGCUUAACAGGAAAACUGCCUGAUUCUCUGUCCAAAUUGUCAAAUCUCAAAGUCCUAAACUUGGAGAACAACAAUCUCUCAUGUCCAAUUCCACCUGAACUCUUAAGAAGAUUCAAUGAUAAUUCACUAUCACUGAGAGUGAAAGGUAAUCCAAAGCUUGAAGCACAUCCUUUAAGUGAUUGCACUGAGGAGCAGAAAGGAGAGAAGCAGAAAGAAAAGAACAAGUUUGUGAUUCCAGUAGUAGCAUCAGUGGGUGGCCUACUUGCUAUUUCCACAAUUGCAGGGAUUGUCUUUUGUAUUGCUAGAAGAAAAAGGAAAGAAAAAGAUAAAGAUGUCUUGGAGGUGGAUCGUUCGCAAACCAACAAGGACAUUGAAGGCAGUUCUUUGAAAACGAGAAGGCGGCAGUUUACUUAUUCUGAAGUUGUAACAAUGACUAACAAUUUUGACCAGAUUCUUGGUAGAGGUAAUUUUGGAGCAGUUUAUCAUGGGUUGAUUGAUGAUAUUCAAGUGGCUGUGAAGAUGCUAGCACCAUCAGCAAUACAAGGCCACGAUCAAUUUAAAGAAGAGGAAUGUAUUUGUAUAUAG